AUGGAUACUGCAGUUUGGGACAGCAUAUUAGACGAAUUCGGCGAUGACUCCUACGACUAUACAGAUUCUCGGACUUAUCUUCAACUUGGCCAAGACGGCACAUCGGAAGGCCCAUCUAGUCCAAGCUUCCCCAGCUCUCCUUCAAGCUGUUCAAACUACUCGUACAGUGACGUAGAGAAUCACGUGUCAGGACGUCACUUCCAGAAGCACUCUACGUCAUCAAAACACGUCAAGGGUAAGAACCCACUUCGAAGAGUCCAGCAGCGGUAUGCGGCGAACCAACGUGAACGGAAACGAAUGAAGUCCAUCAACGAUGCGUUCGAGGGCUUACGGGAGAGGAUCCCGGAGGCAAAAGCUGACAAGAAGAUGUCAAAAGUGGACACUUUGCGCUCAGCGAUUGACUAUAUUCAGCAGUUAGCGGAUGUUUUAAAGUCAUGUGGCGAUUCUGGCUUCGGCAAAGCUGCGGUUCAGAAACAGAAAGUGAUAAUCAAGUGUCAUUUACCAGAGUUACCGGAUUUCGACUACAUCGAUGGCUUCAACCCCGUGACACCACUCUACGGCCACUCCCUCUCGUGGACGGAUGAGAAGCUACCCAAGUUAGGUCCGAAUAAUACGUUGUCAGCAAAAAUAUGGAUGCCGCAACACCCUGGCGAUACGGACUUUAUGGACUCAUGA